UUGUAUAUAGUUUAUACUUUUUUUAAUUUAUCUAUCUCCUUUUGGUUUUGGUUUAUUUUUUAUCCUAAAUUGCAUUCCUUUUUUUAUGCUUAUAUAUCGGACAGUUGCAUAAAGCAUUACUUAUACUUAGAUACUACUACAAGCGUCCAGCCUUUCAGUCCACCACGAGGACUCCGUCUCCAGACACAGAGACCCCGUCUACCUCGAAAUCAGCGACCGGUCCUACGGAAGCUUCCGGGACAACGCAGUGGUGCGGUUUACCCAACUUUAUGAGAGGAGUCAGUGUGUUCUUCUACAACAUCGGAGCGGCAGAGAGAAAGCAACUCACACGCCACCUCAUCGCGUAUGACGGAGAUAAAGAAGACAUCAUGAGCUCACAGGUCAUUCACAUAGUAGCUGAGGCGGAAAGUCCAGCUCAUACCCAGGAGUUACAGGAUAUGUGUCAGCAGUAUCCUCAUGCCAUCCUGGUACAGAAGAGAUGGCUGAGGUCUUGUUUUGUCACCCAGAAAAAACUCUCUUCUUCAAAGUACAUCCUGAAGUUAGAAUAAAUGAGAAGGUUUUUGUUUGUUGUUGUUUUUAUUAUAGAAAAGAAUGAAUUUGUUCAAGUUAUGAAGUUGACAAGUUAAAAACCUCGGUCUCGUUCUGCUGAUGUGUUUUGGGCUGGGAAAAUAAAAUAAGUUAUUUCUUUCA